AUGCACAGUGUCAGGCACACUGUGCAGACCUGGGUCACAUUGGCCCCGGUUGUCAUCACCAAGGCAAGGUAAUUGAUUAAUGGCUGAUAAUGCACAUCAGAAGAAAGGAGGGAUAAUUGCCUCCCGUACGUGUUUCAGAUAAGGCAGUGAUUGCUGUUCUAGCUCAAGUAUGUCAGAGCCAUGCUCUUGGGAGAGGGGAUGCCAGUCCUACUUCCUGUAAUGGUUGGGAGUAGGAUACCCUUGCACCAGUAAUCUGUCUUUAUAUCUCUUUCAGGGCCAUCUUUACAGUAUUGUAUAGUCUUAUGUGGGCUGAAUUACCUUGGUCCAUUUAGUAGUGGGAGACUUCUGUUCAUUGUCGCUGUAUGACAUGGGACAGGAGGUUUUCCCUGCUCAGGUCACACGACCAGGAAAAACCCCUUGGCCGGUGUAUGACAUAGUAUAGGCCUAAGUGUUAUGUGUAGACUUCUGUUAGCGUUCACCUUUCUAAUGUGGUCCUGUAUGGCUCAGUUGGUAGAGCAUGGCGCUUAUAAUGCCAGGAUUGUGGGUUCAAUUCCCAGGGCCACCCAUGUAAACUGUGUGCACACAUGACUGUAAGUUGCUUUGGAUAAAAGUGUCUGGGAAAUGGCAUAUAUUGAUAAACAAUAAGGUUGCCUGAUAUGGGCGGGUGAGAAGGUUGGCUAGCUGUUGUGGUAAGUGAAUAAACACUGAGGCCUGUGGUGGUGCCAGGCACACGGUCCACAAUCUCCACUCUAGCCCACUUUAUAUACACAAACCACCCCUUAAUGUUCUCACCAGUAUGCCUCACAAGGUGUACUGUAAUAUGUUAUCUGAGUCAUUUUUAUCACGUCUGGACAUCUUUGAAAUAUUCACCUGGACUAUCUCUUCCUCCCUUCAAAUGCCUAUACCUCAAAUGAAAUCCUGCCACUCCCCUCAAAAGCUUCACACAUUUACUUAGAAACUCUCUUUGACAGAUGCUUUGUUAGUAGUAUUUCUCAACAUAAAGCACUCUCCUUGAAGGAAGGCUGUAUUUCUUCUGGGACGACUCUUAUCUCUCCACAGUGCAAUGUAUUUACUUUUACUUCUCAGUGAGGUAUGAGCCCUGAUAUUGACAUGGGUGUGAGACUUGAUAUUUACAUGGGUGUGAGACUUGAUAUUUACAUGGGUGUGAGACUUGAGUUUUAACUCUUCCCUUGUUCUCUCACCACCUGGUUCCAGGGAAUAUUAGGCACCAAAAACACUUGACUCACUGUAUUCCUGUUGAUGUCAGAGAGUUGUGCCAGUAACAUUACCCAAAUUCAGCAAUAGAGUAGUACAUUUUGACCAUUGAGCUGUGAAUGUUCACAACAGAUAGUCUCCUCAGUUCUUUAUUUCUUCAUUGACAACAUUGAUUCAUUGUUAGCAUCUUAGCUAAUCGCUAACCAUAUUUCAUACAAAUGUACCUCAUACAUACAUACUUACUUAAUUUAUACAAAUUAGGCUUGAUAAAUCGUGUGCUGACUGUGAAAGCCGCAGCUAGCCAGGUUCGGUUCCCUUGUAGAUAACGCUGGCUGCUUCACAGCUUUUUUACCCUGGUGCUAAUGUUGUGGCUGUCUGGGUGAGUGAAGAAAAAGACAGGGUUGACUCCCUAAGCUGCUGUCUGUUGCGUCCAGACUUGUACCACGGUUCACAGUUCACGCUCUGGCUCCCCCACUCUCUGAUCUCAUCCCUCUGAGUUAUUUUAAAGGUAAUGUGGUUGCUCUCUCCCAGCCCAGAGGCUUUGUGGGUGGUUGAGGGGAAGACAUGGUCAGGCUGACCAAAUUAUUAAGUGAGGUAAAAUGUCUCUAGCUACGUGUCCCAAGUUGUUGUACAAGAUGAACAAUAAUGUUUUUGCUGUAUCAAAUAGUUCCUGUAUCAAAUAGUUCUGACUUCCUAGAGUGAUAGUUCCUAAUCAUGAAUAUCCAUGAAUUAUAGUUCCUGUCAUGAAUGCCUAUGUUCCCUAUGUUGAUAUACAGUAGUCUAUAUAUAUUAUAAACCUAACAGAAGUUAUGUCUCUCUUAUAUAGUCUCAGGAAACAGGAAAUUACUGUGAUUUAAGCUGUUAUCUUCUGUCUGCAUGUCUGUCUGUACUCAGUCUCCUAUCAGGAGCACCCAAGGAGAAAGCACUGGCUCUGAGGAACGUCAAUGAGACGGGCGCCAUCUACUCCUGCCCCAUCACCACAGAGCUCAACGACUGUGAAAGGAUGGACUUGGUCAGCUCCAGUAAGCACUGGCACUCACUGUCACUACAGUGUCCUCUCCAUAUGAAAGGGUUCUCCUGGUUGAAUGGGUGACAUUGGGCUUGGUUGGGAUGGUAGAGAAGGGCUUUUUAGGUGGUUAGAUAAUGGUUUGUUUGUUAUAACCACUGAAUUAUGCUUUGUAUGUCAUUUGUUACAGUGGAGACUGGGUUCACUCACCUGAGUGGGGAUUCCCCCUUGAGUGGAAUUUUCUUUGUGGGAUUUUCAAUGCUUUCAAAAUUUCAAAAACAAUCCAUACAAAUUUGCCAAAGCAUUUAUUGUCUUUAUUGUGUAAUCUGUUAACAAUACUCAGAUCAGUUUCUGGCACUGCGCUGUAUGUAAAAUAAUAAAUAAAAAAACACUGUAGGAUAGCCUGUAUUUGAUAUCAAGGUCGAGCUAUCUCAUACUUAUUCCAGACCAAGCAGAAUACCUCCUGCUCCCAAAGGUAGACUUGUCAAACAAUCAAAUUGAACAAAUUCCCCUGCUUCCCAAACCCUUAUCUGUGCCCUGAUUUGCUACGCCCAACCAACAUAUAUUAACCUCUGUCAUUUCUGAAAGACAUGCUCCAAAUAGGAACAUAUUGAAUUAGUCUUAAUUAAAGGUUAUGGUAGACUGACUCACCUAGGAGGCAUUUAUAGCCUCAGAGGCUGAAAGUAAGAAUGAUAAUGUACUUUUGAUGUUAGUCAGUCUCUGUACAUUUUUGUGGUUUACACUUGUUCAGGCUUGAUCCACAUUGGAUGAGAAUGCUGCUGUUUUUGUUGCUAGGUGUCUUACUUUCAUGAUGAUCGUCCUGUUGUUAUAUUUUGGGGUUUGUUCAGUUGGAACGUUAAGUUUCAAAUAACAGUCAGACAUUGCCGUAUGUACGUCUGCUCUGUUGCCACUUUUCAUGGAAGUGUAAAAAAAAAGUAAAUAUGGAAGCUUUAUAAUCUUUUAAUUACAUAAAAUACCAGUAACUUUGUAUUGAUCACUUCUGACGUGACUGUACGGUCAUGAACAAUAUAUAUAAUUAACAGUCACAGAAGACAACAUCUAACAGCUUUAUGCUUCUAUUUACCAUAAAGCAUGAACAAUUGCCCUUUAAAGCAAUGAGUGUGACGUGUGUCUCCCACAGCGGACUCGUCUGAGAUGGUGGAGGGGAUGUGGCUGGGAGUGACCGUGGCCAGCCAGAGAGACCUGCCAGGGGGCCGAGUGCUGGUGAGAGUGGGACAACACCCUCUGGUUCUCUUUCCUCAUUGAAAGUGGACCGUCUCCUAUCUUGAGAUACUAGACGCUUAUAACUCACAUUUUCGCACAAAUCUGUCUUUGACAGUGACAUCAAUUCAUGAUUUAUGCAAAAGUUUGAGUUAUGGACGUCAAGUUUGUUCAUGAUAAGGCUAGCCAAGUGAGUGUAAGAUAAGGUCAAUUUAAAACCAUAGAUAAAGCAUAGGCUUUGACACUAGAUACGAUACAAUAUAUGAUACAAUAUACUUUAUUGUCCAUUUACAUAGAAAUUCAUUUUGUGAAAUCUGCAUACAAAUAAACAAACACAAUACACUAUAUACACGCAGUAUGAAAAACACUAGUAAGUUAGUACACAGGUCACAUAUUCAGAGUCUCUGUGGCCUGCUGUCUGACAAUGUAUUGGGUCUGCAUAUGUCCACUGUGACGCAGUGUUCAGCUGCACUGACAGUUCAUGAUUUAUUACAGUGAUAUGGCCACAAUGCAACAGUAUGGGAAUAAAAGGUUGUUGUUUGGUCAAUAAAGAUAUAAUAUUAAAUACAAAAACUACAUUUUAAUUGACAUAUAAAGACAGGAAAUUCAAAUGAGCAGCCCUACCCUACAUUUGACAUAUGCACUAAGGUUUUACAGCAAACUCAUCUUAUUACACCUGCAACUGUAAAAAAAAAUGUGAAAUUGACUCAACUAUACCACUACUAGAACAAAAUAGCACUCCUGCAUUGUAAUGUCUAAUUCGUGUCCAGGCGUGUGGGCACCGCUACGUGAAGGUGGUGCCGGGGGGCAUUGAGGAGCAGCGGCGGAUGGUGGGGAAGUGCUAUGUCAGGGGCAAUGACCUGACCUUCGACCCCAACGAUGAGUGGCAGGCCUACAGCUACGAGGUGUGCAACCCCAACUUCGACGUGGAGCUGGAGGGCUUGUGCAACAUGGGCAUCUCGGGGGGCAUGACCGACACGGACGUCUACAUCGGCUCAGUGGGCAGCUACGUGUGGCAAGGUGGGCAGCAAAAGGAGUUCAAAGAGAAAGAGUUGCAGCCUCAAGACUUCUUCUGUACAGAUUGGUCUCAGACUAGACGUAACAUAGUAAACAAGGCUUCUUCUGUACAGCCUGGUCUCAUAGACUAGACGUAACAUAUUAAACAAGGCUUCUUCUGUAAGCUUAAAAAUGAAUGUGAAACUGUAUUGUUCUCUUUUGUCUUUGUUACCUAGGCAACGUUCAUGUAACGUGGCGAGACCCUGAUCCAGGAAACUCGUGGGACUCAACUGACAAAGACUUUGGGCAACUGAACAGACGAUACAGCUACAUGGGUAUGGCUCUAUCAUUGACCUGGCUAGUAUGGCCAUUUCUGGAUUAACAGGGUAGACUAGGAAGCCUACUGUAAGGGAGAGUCUCAUGCUCUUUCAUUUCAAAAUGCUCUCAAACAUAACCACUCCCAUAUUCAGAAAGAUAAACAUCUCUUUGAAUGUAUGACUUGAAAGAGAACUAGAAAGAAGAACUACCGAUGCUAUCUAGAUGGCGGCGCUCUGUUUAGCAUAGUGGCAAUUGUGUCACAGGAAGUUACCUUUGACCUUUGUGUUGAAAGAUUUAAGGGCAAUGAUUAGGCCUACCUACCAUAAAUGGUACUGUAACGUUGUUACAACAUUGUUUUAAUGUUGUUUUAACACCACAGGUUACUCUGUCUAUGAGGACAGGAAGCUGCUGAGUCGAGACGACUUCACGGUAGUGACGGGGUCUCCCAGAGAUGAAUCCAAGGGCUCAGUGAUGCUGGCUAAGAAGGGCAACACAGAGCUGGUGACCGAGUUCAUCAUCCCAGGAGAACAAGUGGGCUCGUACUUUGGGAACAGCCUAGCUGUCACCGACCUCGACAAUGACAAGUAUGUCACCACCGUCCAUAGGAAAUCCCCAGCAUUAGUGGGUCUCUCAGUGUUCCAUAUGCCAAUAGCUUGAUUAUCUAGCAGUCAGAAUCAAAACAAUAGCAAACGCAAAGGCAAAAUAAUAGCAUAUGCUAAUCUUUUGAGAAUAGUAUUGAGAAGAGUUUGUUAUUCUUUUGAUACGGGAUUGAUUGAGUUUGAAUUAUAUCACUCUAUAAAAUACAAAUGUACGAAUAGCCCAUCAUCUGUAGCUUUUACCUCUACUAUUUGGCAUACACACUCUACCUGACCAGUGAUGCAGAGAAUACUGUGCUGUAGUGGUUGAAUUGGAGAGGCUGUCCUUGUCGUUUCACCACCUCAGAUACGGUAUCUGUCAUGAUAUCACGGCUGAGGCAUGUGUGCUCUCUCUUUCUCAUAAUACAUGAAUAAAACCUUGAGCAUUUGUCUUCAUGGUCUGUCAGCAUGUCAGAGAAAAAAGAUUAUACUGAAUAACACAUUAUCAAGAAAAAUAUUUUGGCUAUACAAAAGACAAGCCAAAAGAUGUGAAGUAUGUUAUAGGCUAUGUCGCCCUCUCUAAAAGCACAUAAGAAUGAAGAAUAAGGUGGGUAAAAUGGUUGGUAAACCAUAUACUGAUUAUGAUCCAUGUACUAUAUAUGCUACAAUGAUACAGUAUGUGUAUGGUUGUGUGUUAAUAUUUGUGUGUGCUAUUUUUAAUUUUCACCAUCCUAGCUGGAAUGACCUCAUCGUAGGUGCCCCGUUCUACUUUGACCGUCAGAAGGAGGAGGGAGGAGCGGUGUACGUCUUCAUGAAUGAGAACGGAUCUUUCCAGAAGAAACCUAGCAUGGUACUGAAGGGUCCUACGGCAUCUGGUUUUGGAUUCGCCGUGGCAGCCAUUGGCGACGUCAACCAAGAUGGAUUCCAAGGUAGGCCUAACAUAACGGGUAACCUUUUGGGUUUCUUUAAAGUGCGUCAUUCCUUCCUCCUUUACUUGAUGUAAUCGUUGAUUUGACAUGAUUGGACAGAUGAACGCAAGGGCUCCGCCACACCUCUCCAGUCAAUUCUAAUCAGUGAUUUCUUCAAAGAAGGGAGGAGGAAAGAUGCACUUUUAAAGAAUUUGAAAGGUGUGGAACUGUACCGCAAUGAGGACGUAGAAGAGGAAGAGCAUCAUGGGUAACUUCAUAUCAGAAUCCAUUGUGUGAUUCUGAUCUAAGGUCAUACUCUUAUUGUUGGGUGUGCGUUGUUAAAUGUUACAGUCUCACCGAUAUGAUAAAGGGAAAUAGCAUUGGUAUAAUCAGACAGGUCACAAAUGGGUUAUCCGGGAUCCUUUGGAUGUCCCUACCCUAACCCUAACCUUAACCCCUACCCUUACCCUAACCUUAACCAUAACCCUUACCUAACCCUAACCUUAACCCUUACCUAAACCAUUUUAAAUUUCAACUUCAAUGGGGUGAUGUCAGAGUUGGAUGUCCCAAGGAUCCCAAAAUCUGCUGUCAUGCUGCUGUCACCUAGUGGCUAAAUACAGCCAGCACAAGGGCUUACACUGGAACUUAAGGCAGAGAUCUGUAAAUAAUGAUGAGACGCUCAUAUCUCUGCCCUAACAAUGGAAGUCGUUUUCCCAAAGGCAGGAAGGCAAGCUUAGGUCCAAAAUAAGCCCAUAGAAAUACAUUUUGGCGAGAGUAAAACCUCUCACUUUGCCUCUUCCUCUCUGCUAUAUGCCUAUCAGAGAUGGUCUUCUACACACUACUUACUUCAUGUAUUAUACGCAUUAAAUAUGCAGAUGAUUAAUUGUUUGAGCAAACUUAAUUGCUCAUUUUCAAAAUGUAUGGUCAUGUAUUUCCAAUGAUUCUAUUUCCUUUAUAGACUUUGCAGUAGGAGCCCCAUUCCAUGAGACUGGGAAGGUCUACAUCUGGAUGGGAAGCAAGAAGGGAAUCUCUGAGGAGUCCAGUCAGGUACACACUGGCAUACUUAGCAUUAGGCAGAAGAGGCAAUUGCCUCAGGCCUCACAUCAUCAAGGGGCCUCGUGAGCUGGGCAUAAAGAAAAAGUAUAUACUGUAUAUAUAAUAAAUAAUCCGUAUUUUUAAGCUAUCUGUUUUUUUGCAUGGAAUGCGUCUCAAUCCACUGCAUCCGCCGAUGUCGGCCUACCGCGUCUGCGGUGGAAGGUGGCAGAGCUAGGGCAGAACUACAGCGGUGUUUGUCAGACCAGGCGACAUCCUUAAAAUCGGUCUUCUCACGAAAACAUCUGUAGAGUCCGAACGGUUUGGGCUACACACGGUUUGGGCUACCCCUCUACGGAAAUAUGAGACUGUAAUGAACCCGGUAGUGUUGUCCGUUUUGCUCUACGACACCCACAAAGUGUCACGGAACACGUCUGAAGGUAACCCGGUACCCUGCCGAAAAUGAAUGGAAGUGAAUAGGGCAUUUCCACUUAAAAGGUAUACGGGUAAAAAUUAUUGAUUUAUUUUCCUGAUUUAUUUUGUCUGUCCUAUAUCUCUCAGAUAUAGGACAGACAUUUCAAAACAUACUUCCUUUUGAUUACAUUUUUUACUAUCUUUUUUUCCAUGUGUGAAUCUGUUAUUCAAUGUUUCUAUGGGCUACUAGCAGCAAGGCCAAAUUCAAUGUUUAAUCAAAUACGUUUUUUUUUUAUACCUACAGUGGUCCUAAAAUUUUUAAUCAAAUAGCUAAAUGAUCCUUGGUAUGACCAUCUUAAAACAAUUCCAUAUGUUAGCUUAGUAGAAACUCAGCCCUGGGCCCUUAGACUCUAGGGGGGAUACAAAACGCAUUUCUUUAGUAAAAAGACAGGUGCUGAUGGUAAUACUGCCAUCGUCGUCGAGGCAGAGGACAUGUACAUGUAUGUGUAGCCCAUGUAUCUGAUGCUCUCUAGCCAAAAAAGAGAAUGGCAUGUCAUACUCUUUUUGGCCAGACAGCAUCCGAUACAUGGGCUAUAUAUGGUAAGACAGAGGGGCGCUGUUUCGCUCGCUCCGAUGCUUUCUCCGGUGAGAUAGUUCCAGCCAUUUGAGAAUAAAAGGAAAGUUGGCUGUGCACAGUGCACUGUUCGGAUGCUGGAAUUAUUUUGGAUGAAUGUGCGAAGGUAACCUAUUUUUUGAAGUGAUUUGUUUGACAAUCAGAUGAAAACAGGGACAGUAGUAAUAAUACCCAUUAGGGAAUUAGACUCGUUUGAUUUGUUUUAUAGAUCAUAGUUCAUUAAUAUUCACCCAGUAAUGCACAAUACAUUAUUUGCUAUGAAGCCAAAAGGACAGGGAGGUGAAUGCAGGGAAAUGGGGUAAAGAUACUGUAUCGUGAUCUAUGUAGUUUAGUAACGUGUCCGUGUUGCCCCCUAUAGGUGAUUGAGGGGAAGUCAGUGGGUAGUGGUGGGUUCCAUACCUUUGGCUAUUCCAUCAGUGGCGGUAUGGACAUGGAUGAGAACAGUUACCCUGACAUCCUGGUUGGUUCUCUGGAUGACCGCAUCGCUCUUCUCAGGUAAGUAGUGGACAAUAAAUACAGUAUGUAUUGAAUUGAAUCAACUAAAACUGCCAUAACAAACUUGGAUAUAUUCAUCCAUGAUCUUGUUUCUGUCUCAUUUUAUGUAAUCUGUCCCUCCAACAUGUCUUCUCUUGAUAGUAAUAUGCUUAUUUUUGUGUAUGUAUUCUUAUUCUUUGUGUAAUCUUUUAACAUGGUUCAUUUCCAGGGCUCGUCCAGUUAUCCAUCUCUCUAAGAACUUCACUGUGCUGCCAAAGAUUGUGGACCCUAAACUUUGUCCCUCUGGAAAUAAAUCCUGGUGAGAAAGGUUCCUCUCAGAUCACACUGUAUAAAGUCAAUUAACGUCAACUGUUAUUUUACUAAUGUGUCUUCUAUGUCUCCUACAGUGUGACUGUGACAGUGUGUUUCUCCUACACACUCAGCAAUGGAAACAAAGAUUUCAAGAAAAACAUCAGUGAGUGGCAUUCCCUUUCUAAUACAACCUAAUGCACUCCCCUUCAUAUGUAUUUGGACAGCACAGGAGGCUGGUGAAGGGAGGACGGCUACUAAUAAUGGCCGGAACGGAGUGAAUGGAAACCAUGUGUUUGAUGUAUUUGAUACUAUUCCCCUCAUUCUGCUCCAGACAUUACCACGAGCCCAUCCUCCCCAAUUAAGAUGCCACCAACCUCCUGGGUUGUACAGUGAAGCUAAUGUUUACAAUGUGGCUCUAUACUCCAGCAUUUUGGAUUUGAGAUCAAACGUUUCAUAUGAGGUGAGAAUACAGAAUGUUACCUUUUAUUUGAGGGUAUAUAUUUUUUGCUUAUCUGUUUUACCGUUUAGAAAUGAAGGCACUUUAUGUUCUAGUCUCCCCAUGUGGAUAAGUCAUGAGUAUUUGGACAAAUUCAUUUAUAGUGUAAUAAAGUACUCAAUCGUUUAGUGUAUGGUCCCAUAUUACUUGCAUGCAAUGACUACAUCAAGCUUGUGACUCAACAAACUCUUUGGAUGCAUUUGCUGUUUGUUUUGGUUGUGUUUUGGGUAAUUUUUUGCCCAAUAGUAACUGAAUGGUGAAUGAUGACUGGAGUACUUUUCUUUCUAAGUGGGUAGAUAAGAUGUUUCUAAACACUUAUAAUUCAAACGGAUAAUGCCAUGAUUUUAAAAAGUCAUGAAUAAAUCGUAAAUAAUGAUUAGUCAGAUUCUGUUCCGAGGAAACAACAAAACAUGCUAACCCCUCACUAUUACCAAGAACAGGGGAGGUUAGCAUUUUGGGGUGGGGUAUGAUCUUUGUGCCUCUGUAACUUUCUCACAUAUCAUUAUUCAUGCUAACAUUUACAAUUUGGCACAAGACAGUAUUCACCAUUCAGUUCCUACUGGGCAAAGCAAACUGCAAAUGCAUCCAACAAGUUUGUAGAGUCACAAGCUUGAUGUAUUCAUUGCAUGCAAGCAAUAUGGGACCCAAUAAUAAGCUUUUGACUACUUUAAUACAUUCUAAGUCAAUUUGUCCGGGUACAAAUAAAGGGGGCGGCAGGUAGCCAAGCGGUUAAGAGCGUUGGAUCAGUAACCGAAAGGUCGCUGGUUUGACUCCUGAGCCGGCUAGGUGAAAAAUCUGUCAAUGUGCCCUUGAGCAAGGCACUUAACCCUAAUUGGUCCUGUAAGUUGAUCUGGAUAAGAGUGUCUGCUGAAAUGUACAUAUGACUUCUUUAAAUGGGGAGGACUGUAAAACAGAUAUGUAUGAAAAUACCCUCAAAUAAAAGCUGACAUGCUAUACUGUCCCCUAAUAUGAAACAUUGUCUCUCAAAUCUAAAAUGCUGGAGUAUAGAGACAAAGAAAAAAUAUAUAGCUUCACUAACUACUUUUGUCUUUCCUCCCUGUGCAGUGGUGAAGUACACAGUGGAAGCUGACAUACAUCGCCGGAGCCCUCGAGUUCUCUUCCUUGUCAAUAAGCUUGCCACCUACACAGGCCUCCUUACCAUGCCAUCUCCCAAGACCGAGUGUCAGGUGCUGGAGCUCAGAGUAGAGGUAAAUACUGUACACACACACACACGCACGCACGCACGCACGCACACACACACACACACACACACAUAUACACACACGCACGCACGAAUGCACACACACACACAUAUACACACACACGCACGCACGCACACACACACACACACACACACACUCAUCUGUAUCAUCUUCUCCAGGAUCCUGUGAGGGACAAGCUGGAGCCGGUGGUUUUCUCUCUCAACGUGUCCCUGGAUGAGCAGAAACUCAAAGUCAGGAAGGCCCUGCAGAACCUGGACUCCUACCCUGUACUGAGUCCACAAACAGAAAGUCACUGAGAGGAAAGAGGUAUGUUACUGACUUAGGAAUAACCUGAUUCCAUUGAGUAUGUAAUGAAAAUUGUGUUUUCGAACUCUUUCUCCUACUUUGCAGAUCAACUUCCAGAAGGAGUGUGGCUCAGACAACAUGUGCACCAGUAACCUGCAGCUAACAGCUACGUUUGCUAACGAGGGACUGAAGCCUUACCCCAGGUAUGUGGUAAACACAGAGGAAGAUAUGUAACACAUGGGGUAUCGGGCAGAUGGUCAGUCUGAAUACGUUGAAAAUGAAUGUUACUCUAAUAACUGUAUGUUGUAAUUGAAUUCAUCGGGACUCGAUCCCAGUCAUGUACAAUAGAUGGUGACACAUCUAUACACCAACAAAUUAAACAGUACACACAUCUGCACACUUACACCUGCACUAACAUACACACGUGGACACAUGCACCAAUAUACAUAUCAACCAAUUGCACCUUUAUUUCCCCUUUAUCAUUUUAUACACAUUUAUAUGUCUACUUAUUUACUUAUGUUCGGGAACAGACACAUUUUAUACAAAUGAAUGCUGAAUUUGUCAUAAGAGUAUCAGUAACAUUUCAACUAACUAUCCACUAACCCUAGCCCUAACCCUAACCUUAACCAUUAUCCUAACACUAAACUGAACUCUUACUCUAGCCCUAACUCUUAAAGUGUGACCGGGUAGACCCCCACCAAAAACAGGGUUGUACAACAGUGCUUCAGAUUCACACAAUCUCUCUCUGGUGCAAUAUUUUGUACAUGGCCCCUAAUACAUGAACUGUGAUGCUCUCUGUCUGUUUGUAUGCAGUCAGGGGAACCGCCAAUUGCUGCAGUACAGCAGUAAUGUGAAGAAGGUGAUGCUACUAGUGGAGGUGACUAACAUGCCAGGCCCUGGGAAGGUAGCUGAGGACGCCCACCAGGCCAUGCUCAACAUCUCCACCCCAGCCACGCUCAGUUACUAUGGCGUGCGCUCCCAAGUAAGUCCACUGGAGGGUGACAGAGGGUUAGGUGAAUUCUGGCUUUUGACAGGUACAUUGACUAUAAUUGCUCCAUUAACUACAGUAUGUUCUGUACAUGCAGAUUGUAGUAUCAUACGUUUAUUAUGUGUAGGAUCCUGACGUAGAAUGCCGUGCUGGGGAGACUGUAAUGUGUGACCUGGGGAAUCCACUGAGGAGCAAUGAGAUGGUAAGGCCAUACUGUUAUUCCACGUAGAGAUUAUACAGUGUAUUACAUCAUUGAUUUGACCCUAUCGGAAUGUUGAUUUGUGGUAGUUAAAAUCAUGACCCUCCCGUGGUUUGCAGGUCUCUCUGCAGCUCAUCUUUCAAACAUCAGGGAUCAACCUCCAAACCAGGGAGAUUGAGUCUCAGUUGCUGUUGUCCACGUAAGUAACAGGAGAUAUUUGUCAUUGCUCUAUAUCGUGAACUCAUUAUCAGAUUAGCAACAGUCAGUCUUUAUGUCCAAGUGGGAAAUAUGAAUAUGAUUAAGUGAAUAAACUAUCUGAAUAAACACUUAUGUCGGUGUUGUUUCCCCAGGUUGAGUAAGCAGAAUGACCUGUACCCUGUGCCUGUGGUCCUGCUGAUAGAGACCUCCAUCCAGACCUCCUUCUCCAUGUAAGUGUAACUUCGGACACAUGCUCUAUGUUGUCCUGAUGCCAUGCUGUGUGCCUGCAUUAAUUCAAAAUAAUGUCUUAAUGGAUAAUGAAGUAUAACACUGUAACUAACUAACUUCCAUUGUCCCCCUCCCCCCCUGCCUUCUUCUUCUUCUUCUUCUUCUUCUUCUUCUUCCUCCUCUUCCUUUCUCUCCUGCCCCUCUCUAAACAGAGAGAAUCCCCUGGUCCAGACCUACUUCAGCGGGGCGGUGACGGGAGAGUCAGCUAUGAACACCACCAGUGAUGUGGGCAGUCUUGUGGAAUACACCUUCAAGGUGAGACACCAACACUUAGCUAACGUCAGCCAUGUUGUGGGCUUUGAGUAAUGUUUCCCUUGAAUUCUGACCUGUAAUUGUAGGCGUAACAGUUUUGUGAGGUAAUAUGUGGUGGAAAGAUUUAGCCAAUUCUUUAUGUAGAACAGACAUGCUUUGCUGUCACAGAAUGAGGAAUCCUGUUUACAUUGUAUUUCUAUUUCCAUAUCUGUUCUGUUGCCAUGUGUCUGUCCUGUGGUGACGUUGAAACCACACUCCUACCACCAGGUGUCAGUGGAGGGAGAGCCUCUGGGUGCGCUGGGGACCCUGGCCGUGGAGUUUCAGUGGCCCUUCGAGGUGACCAAUGGGAAGUGGCUUCUCUACCUGACUGAGAUCGUCACCAAGGGGACAACUGAGACACACUGUGUCCCUCCAGGGGACAUCGUCAAUCUUCUCAACCUCACGGUGAGUUACCAGAGUCUUUCUGAGGCUCUAUAUAGGCCACAGAAUUAUAUUGUAUCUCUAUGGCCAACUGGGACCAGUGUGUUACAAAAACAUGAUUAAAGCAGUACUCCUCGAUCUCUGUUUACACCCACAGUUAAUCAGUAAUAUUUCCAAUAAGGAGUACUGUUUGGAACAAAGCAGCCAAUAAAACCAGACUUGAACCUGACUCACAAGUCUAAAAUAGGCUAAAUAUUCAUUAUGGCCUAGAUUCAAUCAGUUCAACUGUUAACCGGCGAUAGCCGACACCCAAAUAGCUGAUGUUUUGGCGGUGUCGGAGGUGUAACUGCGUUGGAGCUGUCAAAUCGGUGAUCAGCUGCUCCCCAGCUAACAACAAACGUUUCCACAACUUUAGAGAACGUUCCCAUCAUAGUCUCAUUAGGUCAUUAACUAAUGUUUUCAUAAGAAUGUUCCCAUGAUGUGCAAGGAAUGUUUCCAAGAGACCAUUCCCUUAAUGUCAAAUAGAACUUACCCAGAACGUGGUUACCAUGUUCACAGAACAUAAGAUAUUAAUGUUAUAGACACGAUUCAUGGGAGCGUUGCAUGAAUAUUCAUGUGUCCAGUUUUCUGUGGUUUAGGAGAAUAUUCCAUCAACAUCCCACCAAACAUACAAAGAACAUGGUUCCACAUUCUCAGAACAUAAGGCAUUAAUGUUCUACAUUUACAUUUUAGUAAUUUAGCAGACGCUCGUAUCCAGAGCGACUUACAGUACAGUAGUGAGCGCAUACAUUUUCAUACUUUUUUUCCCGUAGACAGGUUAAAUGUUCCAAGAACAUUUAUGUGUCCAGUUUUCUGUGUGUUAGGAGAAUCUUCAAUCAACGUCCCACCAAACAUACACAGAACAUGGUUGCCAUGUUCUCAGAAUAUACGAUAUUAAUGUUCUAGACACGUUUCAUGGGAAUGCUGCAAGAACAUUCAUGUUUCCCCCAAAAAUGUAUUACACAUCACAUCUUGUUACUGUUGCUGAGACAAUCAGAUCUACAUAAGUGCGUAUGGAGGAGGGGUAGGGUUUCUUCUGGACAGGGCCUAACUAGACUGGUUCAAUAAGCACAUUCCCUAGAGAUAUCCCUUAUUGGGACCGUGGUUAGGGCAUUCGUCAUUGGUGCUGGUUGCCUGGGUUUGAGACCUGCUAGGGAGUCACCCUACUCUCACGUUCUAGCAGUUAAUGUCAUUAUUGGCAUUUGAAUUGCAUUUAUCAGACAUUUUAGAUUGUUUAUAUGGAAAUGUUGUUAGAACACUUGUAAAUAUUAUUUAUGCAUCUUCGUUAAUUACCAUAAUGUGUAUAGAUAUCUCCUCUUUCACGCAUUUCUGUGCCUUUGUGCACGACCUCCAGAUGCUUUUUCAGGUUUGAUGUGGUGUUUCUGGAGGAAGAGAUCAAUGCUGCCUUUGCAGAGUUUGCAUUUGACUUAAAUGUUGUUCUCUUUCUCCUCGAUUAACUCAAAAUAAUGGGAGCAUUUCAAUAAGGAAAAGGUUAAGCGGGGUAAGAACACAGCUGCCAUCUUCCUUUGAUUUUCUGUUUUACAAUAGCCUAUUGGAAACAUGUUAGCCUACAGCAUGAAUUCCGUUAGUAUGAGAAAAGGCUUUAAAAAUAUACAGUUGAAGUUGGAAGUUUACAUACACCUUAGCCAAAUACAUUUAAACUCAGUUUUUCACAAUUCCUGACAUUUAAUCCUAGUAAAACAUCCCUGUCUUAGGUCAGUUAGGAUCACCACUUUAUUUUAAGAAUGUGAAAUGUCAGAAUAAUAGUAGAGAGAAUGAUUUCUUUCAGCUUUUAUUUCUUUCAUCACAUUCCCAGUGUGUCAGAAGUUUACAUGCACUCAAUUAGUAUUUGGUAGCAUUGCCUUUAAAUUGUUUAACUUGGGUGAAACAUUUUGGGUAGCCUUCCACAAGCUUCCCACAAUAAGUUGGGUGAAUUUUGGCCCAUUCCUCCUGACAGAGCUGGUGUAACUGAGUCAGGUUUGUAGGCCUCCUUGCUCGCACACGCUUUUUCAGUUCUGCCCACACAUUUUCUAUAGGAUUGAGGUCAGGGCUUUGUGAUGGCCACUCCAAUACCUUGACUUUGUUGUCCUUAAGCCAUUUUGCCACAACUUUGGAAGUAUGCUUGGGGUCAUUGUCCAUUUGGAAGAACCCAUUUGCGACCAAGCUUUAACUUCCUGACUGAUGUCUUGAGAUGUUGCUUCAAUAUAGCCACAUAAUUUUCCUUCCUCAUGAUGCCAUCUAUUUUGUGAAGUGCACCAGUCCCUCCUGCAGCAAAGCACCCCCACAGCAUGAUGCUGCCACCCCCGUGCUUCACGGUUGGGAUGGUGUUCUUCGGCUUGCAAGCAACCCCCUUUUUCCUCCAAACAUAACGAUGGUCAUUAUGGCCAAACAGUUCUAUUUUUGUUUCAUCAAACCAGAGGACAUUUCUCCAAAAAGUACUAUCUUUGUCCCCAUGUGCAGUUGCAAACCGUAGUCUGGCUUUUUUAUGGCGGUUUUGGAGCAGUGGCUUCUUCCUUGCUGAGCGGCCUUUCAGGUUACGUCGAUAUAGGUCUCGUCUUACUGUGGAUAUAGAUACUUUUGUACUUGUUUCCUCCAGCAUCUUCACAAGGUCCUUUGCUGUUGUUCUGGGAUUGAUUUGCACUUUUCGCACCAAAGUACAUUCAUCUCUAGGAGACAGAACGCGUCUCCUUCCUGAGCAGUAUGACAGCUGCGUGGUCCCAAUGUGUUUAUACUUGCGUACUAUUGUUUGUACAGAUGAACGUGGUACCUUCAGGCGUUUGGAAAUUGCUCCCAAGGAUGAACCACACUUGUGGAGGUCUACAAUUUUUUUCCUAUGGCUUUGGCUGAUUUCUUUUGAUUUUCCCAUGAUGCCAAGCAAAGAGGCACAGGUACACCUCCAAUUGACUCAAAUGAUGUCAAUUAGCCUAUCAGAAGCUUCUAAAGCCAUGAGAUCAUUUUCUGGAAUUUCCCAAGCUGUUUAAAGGGACAGUCAACUUAGUGUAUGUAAACUUCUGAACCACUGGAAUUAUGAUACAGUGAAUUAUGUGAAAUAAUCUGUCUGUAAACAAUUGUUGGAAAAAUUACUUGUGUCAUGCACAAAGUAGAUGUCCUAACCGACUUGCCAAAACUAUAGUUUGUUAACAAGAAAUGUUUGGAUUGGUUGAAAAACAAGUUUUAAUGACUCCAACCUAAGUGUAUGUAAACUUCCGACUUCAACUGUAUAUAUAACACGCUGGUAGAGAUAUAUUUCUGAAAGUAAUAUACGGCUUACUUGAAAAAGUAACUGUAAUAAUAUUACAGUAUUUGAAGACAUUAACUCGUUAUAUUACUCCGUUAAUCAUAAAAGUAAUAUAUUUCCUCCAACAUUGGUCUCAAGUGAUUCUGUUGCAAUUUGUCUAUUUUUCCACAUUAAAACUUGGAGAUGGAACUCUGUGUUGUGUAUUGUCUUGAUUUAACUGGCAUCAUCAUUGCUUAAAUGGCAAAUGUGAGAAAGUACAGACAUGCUACUGUAAAUAUACACAGUUCUGAUAUUCUGAGAAUAUGGCAACCAUGUUCUGAGUAUGUUUCUAUCAGAAGCAACACUACUGCCUCGGCCAUGUUUCAGCAACAAAUUAGGAGUGUUACAGAUAGAAACGCAAUGACGAGAGCUGAUGUGAUUCCUUAUCAGAGACACAUGUUUGUUCUACAUAGUAUAGAUGUUGUGUGGAUUUCAAAAAUACGAUAUAGAGUUCUUUUUGAGAUGCUCAGCUAUCUAGAAUUCUACCGAUUCCCAUCUUUCAAUGAGAAACUAAUUUUAAUUAGAUCAGAUAGGUGUGUUGUAACUGUUGCCAAAUUAAUACAUUAACAUCUAUUGCUAAGAAAGUUAGAGUAGGGUGACUCCACUACCGGGUCUAGAAUCCAGGCCACCACCAAUGACGAACACCCUAGUUACAGUCCCAAUAAGGGAUAUCUCUAGAGCAUGUGUAUUGGGUCAGUAUAGUUAGGCCCUGUCCAGAAGAAACCCUAACCCCUCCACCCUAGACACUUGUGUGGAUCUGAAACAACUUGAUACGUUUAAGCAAUACGGUGAAUGCACUUUGAAGUAAAUCUCAGCUCUGUUAAAAGUACACUUAAGAAAAACUUUUAUUGAUCAUAGUGAUUCAGGAGUAUCAUUAAAACAGGUUAAUAUGCCCCACCAACAUUAGACAACUAUAUAGAAAUUCCUUAAAUUGUUGUAAUAAGAAAAAUCAAAUCAGUGAUGAGAAUUGUCAAAUUAAUUGAUAGCUGAAAGAGACAUGGUGGCGUAGCAGGACGAAAGCCGUGAACCAAGAGGUUGUGAGAUCAAAUACCAGGUGAGGACAUGUUAAAUAAUAAUUACUGUAUAAAUGAACAAGCACAAUGUAAUCACGUAUGUCAAAUAUGUAAGUUGAAAACACUGUAUGUUAAUAGCACUGUGUGUGUGUGUAGGUAUCUCUAACCUUGCCGACAGACAUAAAGAGCUGUGAAUGGAUCAAUGUUUCAACAGUAACGAUGUGUAAUGACUUUUUUUGAGGGGGAGAAUGUUUCUUUGGAUCCACGUCCUGACAACUGAAGCACAUAAAUAUUCUUGCAACGUCCCAUGAAAUGUGUCUAGAACACUAAUAUUGUAUAUUCUGAGAACAUGGCAAUAAUGUGCUGUGUAUGUUUAGUGGGACAUUGGUGGAAUAUUCUCCUAACCCUCAGAAAACUGGACACAUGGAUGUUCUUGCAACAUUCCCAUGAAACGUGUCUAGAACAUUAAUAUUGUAUAUUCUGAGAACAUGGCAACCAUGUUCUGUGUGACAUUAAGGGAAUGUUCUCCUAACUUUAACACCAAAACAUGCUAAAAGGGUUCUCAGAAGGUCUUUGCUAACAUAGAUAGAAUGUUCCCCUAACUAACGGAAAACUGGACACUCAAACAUUAGGGGAACAUUACGGGUAACAUUAUAAACAUUUUCUCUCUCCCUAGAAUUGUUAGCUGGGUCUUGACCAUUGUCACGAAGCCACACCCAUCCCACUUGCGUUAAAAGUUCAGAACAAGAAAGUGUAGGCUAUAUAGAAAUAAUGAUGUUAAAAUUGUCAUAAACAAAAUAAUGUGGAUUACAUCGCACAUUCCAGGCUGCAUUGGGUUUCUCUUCAUUCGACUGGCAAUGUCCGCUUUCGGUAUAAUGCCAGGAGACACUUUUGGAUUUGACAGUUCUAACGCAGUUCCACCUCCGACACCGCCAAAACAAUCGUUAUGCGGAUGUCGGGUAAAGCAGAUCUGAUUGAAUCGAGCCCAUCCGCAUCGCGGAAGUUCAGCUUUACACCAUGAUUGAAAUUUAAAGGCAACGUUCCCGCUUUAGCAGAGACCGCAUUCAUGGGAAACGUUGCAUAUGUCGGCUCAAUCGGAAAUUACCUUUACAUUUCUGUCUUGGAAUCUGUAACGCUUCAGCUAUACAGAUUGAAUAGAGCCCUAUGUCUGCACAAAUAUAUUUUGAGAAGUUAGUAGGAGUUAUUUCUAUUCCAGUAAUUAGUGUUGUAACAUGAUGUAAUGUGCUUCUUUGUCUGUCGUCUCUCCUUCUUUGUCUCUUCCUCUUCUAACUUUUCUCCUCUCCUGUCCGUCUCUCUCCCCAGUUGUCCAAGAACAGGAGCAAACGUUCCAAGCGAGGGGUGGAGGGCGAACAGCCUCAUAUCAUCGAGCCGCAGGCGGUCAUUACCGUGCUGACUCCUCGUAAAGAGACCUACUAUCUGGUGAGGACAUUAGACUAUUUAACCAUAAGUCCAUGAUCUACCAUUUCGGAUGCUGUGAUCAUGGAAGCUCAUCCAGACACUAAUGUUAAUUUAAGGGCUCUAGAAGCACUAUUGAUGAGCCUUCACUUCAGUCAGUCACAAAAAAUAAUGGCAAAUAUAGUGUCUAGUGUCCGGUCCUAAUUCUGGGCUUGUUUUUGUUGUGAAGGAUUGUUCAAAGUCGACGGCCCGCUGUGUGACAUUCACCUGUCCCUUGAUCAAGAUGUCUACCUCUGCCAAGAUCAUUGUGAGGUCACGGGUGUGGAACAGUACUAUGCUAGAGGUGAGAGGUCAGACAUAACAGCAGGACUCUUGGACCAAAAGGGUCAAAUUGCCAAAUCCGAAUAGGGUCAUGACUAUACCUUUUGGGGUUGUGUGUGUUUGGCAGGACUACAAAAAUGCUUUGAGGAUUGAGGUUAGAGGUCAGGCCACACUGAAACUUGUGACGGACAACCCCACCAUCAAGAUGGAAAGUGAGACCAGAGAGGUUAGUGUCGUAAUGAUGAUGAUGAUGAUAAUGGUUAAGGAUGAUGAUGUCACAAAGUGCUUCUACAUCUGCAUUGCUUGCUGUUUGGGGUUUUAGGUUGGGUUUCUGUAUAGCACUUUGUGACAUCUGCUGAUGUAAAAAGGGCUUUAUAAAUAAAAUGUGAUUGAUUGAUUGAUAGACGAAUGGUCUUUUUACUAUGGUAUGGAUGAUAUGGAUAUUGCUCAUAAUAUUCCCCUGUGUCUCUCUCUCUCUCUCUCUCUCUCUCUGUCUCUCUCAUUUCUAUCCUCCAGUUCAGAGUGGACAUUGACCCAGUUCUUGGGGUGGAGACACCUUACGAGGUUCCCCUGUGGAUCAUCAUCGUUGCCGUGGGAGCAGGGAUCCUGCUGUUAGGAAUCAUCAGCAUCAUACUAUGGAAGGUGAGAACCCUAAGGACUUUCUGAUCAAUAACUAUACUAUAACUAUACUAUUUGUGGCUAUCAUGUUUGAAUGUAAACCUGUUAUGACAUGCCUGUUGUACACAGCUUGCUUGCAAUAGUAUCCUGUUUACUCCAAUGCACCAGUAAAAUAAAUUAUUCUAUGUAGCCUACAUGUGUGACUGCCUUUUCAUAUUGACUGUAUGAAGUAUGAAGUAUGUUAUACUGUACCUAUCAGUAAUACUCCAUUGAACUCAACUGCGCUAGCUGGCUAGUUUUAGCAUGCUACUGCUAGCGAAUAGCCUACAGUAUAAGUGCUGCCCCAUUAAACUCAAUAGCGCUAGCUCGCUACCGCUAGCUAGCCGUUAGCUUCUCCAUGUAGCUCCAGUCUAACUGUACCGCGUGAUCCCCCAGUGUGGCUUCUUCAGGAGGGCCAGCAGGAGGGAGAUGUACGAGGCCAAAGGCCAGAAGGCUGAGAUGAAGAGCCAGCCCUCAGAGACGGAGAGGCUGACUGAGGACUACUGAGACAGGAGAGGCCCCCACUGAGGGGCCAUGCUACACUCCACUAGGGCUCCUGGGUAAUGCAGUCCUCCGGCCUCCGCCACGGGCAGCGUCUAGCAUACUAGACAUAACGCCUUGUAGAUUGUGGGAUGUAGUUGGUUGUAGGCUAGUAAUGUGUAUAAGGGGAAUUUGGAUUUCUUCCAUACUAACUUUUCCUCAUUGUCAAUUCUAACUAGCUUUUGUGUCUCCCUUCUUUUUCAGGCUGAUAGAGUGUACUGUACCUAACAUUUUCUCCUUGUCUUUUCUACCGUAUUUACUAAGUAUCUAUUCUACAGCAUCUCUCACUCUCCUGAUGAAUGACUUUACUCUCUCUCCUCUUCAAUCGCUUUUUUCCUCUAUGGGAAAAUGUAUUUCUUGUACUAACAUAAAUUGUCUAACUUUGUCUAAUUCCUGAGUUUAGCCUCCAGAUUUUCCAAUUCUUACAUAAAUGAUCAACAGUUCAACACUAUAUGGCUUUCCCUAAUGCUGUGUUGUCUGCCUGUCUGUCUUCCCAACAGCUUGGCUUCUUCAAGCGAGCCAUCUACUACCGGAUAAUGCCAAAGUACCAUGGAGUGAAAAUCCGUAAGGAGGAGCGCUACCAGUUUAACAUGGGCUUCCAGCCGGAGGAUCCAGGCAAGAAGUACUGGAUCACCAACUGGACAGAGAUGCAA